GGAAAUGGAGAAUGAAUGGAGCGCGCCGCCUUUGUGCUGCUGGCCGUGAGCCGCAGGUCGGAGCGGGGGGAGAAGAAGCACGCGAAUGUGCGAGCUGCCGUCCUGGAUAGUCCGCAACGGGUGAUCCCCGCGCGGCGUCGUGCCAUCCGUCCCCCUCGGGGCUCCUGGGCUCCUACGUUUGAAAAUGGAGCUUUUAAACGAAGGCCCUCUCCAAUAAAGCUUGUAAAGGCAGUGUUUAUUUUCCUGCUUUCAGGUUUGAUCUUACUAUUCUAUCUGGUAUUUUAUGGCUUCCUAGCAGCACUCUUCACAUUCACAAUGUGGGUUAUGCUUCAGACAUUGAGCAGUGAUAUUCCAAAAUACCGUGACCGGAUUGCUAGUCCAGGACUUAUGAUUUCACCAAAGCCAGACACUGCACUGGAAUUUUACUUUAACAAGAGUGACUCCCAGUCAUAUGCAGAAUAUGUUUCUACACUUAGACAAUUUCUUGAAACAUAUGAUGAUUCAAAACAAGCCCAAAACAUAGACUGUACACCAGGAAAGGUUUUUGAUCAGAAUGAUGAGGCUGUUAAAAAGGCAUGUCGAUUUAACCUCUCUGAGCUCGGACAAUGCUCUGGAAAGGAAGAUAAGACCUUUGGCUAUUCUAGAGGAACUCCAUGUGUGCUUGUGAAAAUGAAUAGAAUAAUUGGAUUAAAGCCUGAAGGAGAACCAUAUAUAGAGUGUUCGACUAAGGACGAAGGCACAGUUCAGAUAAUUUAUUUUCCUCCUGGAGGUUUGAUUGACUUAAUGUACUUUCCAUACUAUGGGAAAAGCUUGCAUGCAAGCACCUAAAGAAGCUAAUAAAGGAAAUUUCAAGGUUAUGUUCACUAGCACCUACUCAAAUUUUUUAUGUGGUGCAGCUCUGAACAGUGAGUAUUGCAUGUAGCUGUGGAAGUAGUGCCUCCUCUUGAUUUUGCAUUAACUGAAAUGAAUUGCUCAGAGUUUAAUUUGGAUUUGACAACAAUUCCUUUAUUCCUUUAAAGGGCUGAUGGGUAUCAUACGUAUUUAAGUCUUAGCAUUUUUAACCCUAUAUUUUAUUUUAGAAAGUCUGUGUAGCUGUAUAUAUUACGUGAUAGAGAGGAUUAUAAUCUCUUGGAUUUGCUUUACAGUUGCCUGAAAACUGUAAAGCAAUUACAAAGUUGUGUCUGAAAUAAAAUAUUUGCCUGCUCUCUCUGUACCUAAAUAUUUUGUUACUUGUGAGCCUGUUGGUGCUAUUUCUAUUGUUCUGACAGAAGGGAGCCCCUAUAGUGAUAUUUUUUUUCUAUUUUUUAUUGUCCCUAACAAGGUCCCUCUGAAACCUGCUGUGGCUGUAGAUUCUUAAUUGCCACUUCAGUCCUAGUUACAAAUGGGACAGAUGCCUUUAUUUAGUAUUUUAAAUAUUUUAACGGUUAGUACUUUGUACCAAGUUGUGUGAACGCUUUAAGCCGCCUUGUGAACAGGAAAAAGCAUAAUGCAUCAGAGCUUAGAUGAGUUUCAGUGCAGGGAAUGGUGUUUGCUUAAGUCCUCACUUUCUUUGCUUUUUUUGCCUUUUAAGUUUAUAGGGAGAGGUUAGUGCAGGAUUAGCUAAGAUAGCACAAUGUAGUAAAUUCUGUAAAUUUCUCUGUAGACUUGUUUGGUUUUGGGACUUGCUUAAUCUAAAUACUACUUACAAGUGAUAGUAAAUUUCAGCCUGAUUGGUUUAAAUGUUAAUUUGAAAUAAAUCCACAGAUAAGGUUUAACUGGUUCUAAAUCUUAAUGCACUCUGAAGAAAAGCUGCACAGGUGGCUUUGCCUUCUAUUGAGGUGUCAGGCCCAGUAGCAGCUCAUUAGUUUGUCGUCCUGCUCUCUUAGUAAAUCCCUAAACAAACAUCCCAAUAGCUUGAGCUGUUCAGUUAAGUGAAAGGUUUAAUUGGUAAGGCCAACUACAGCCACAGGUAUAAAGCUAGGAGGUUUUUGAGACCUCUCCUCUCGUUCCCCAUCCCCAGCAUUUCACGUGACUAAAACGUAGCAUAGUGAGCCAAUUUUUGAUCUGAAUCUGACUCUUCACUUCAGAAAAAGAGGAGAAAAUAAAUUGACUUCCAAAAGGUAAAGCUGAAUUCAGAUAAAGCUCCUCAGAUGUUUGGGAGCUUCUUAGUUACUUCAUUUGAUGUUUUAUGUAUGUCCCCACUGUAGAUGGUACUUGGAUGCAGAAACCAACCGAGCUGAUGCAUUUGUUUAAAGACUCACUUCCUGCUGCAGUGGUGUAACACAGCGUUAAGCAGAAAACAGCUGCAGUGGAUUUCAUGUUUCCAAGUGCCUCAGUGUGUUAAACUAGGUCAAAAAUUGCAUAAGAUGCCAUUACUGGAAACCGCUGUAGGCUGACUUGUGUAUAAAAACCUCAGUGGUGCAACUGGCAAAUGCACUUUGACAAACAGAAAUGCAGUCAUGACUAAAACAUCACAAGAAAGCUCUCUGAAAUCUCCCUAGGAUAUGAAUGGUUGUUGGAAUUGUGGGAUGUCUUUGCCCUUUGAGUUCAUGUUCCUGCUAUCUACUGAGCCAGAAAUAUUUGCCUGGCUCGUCAGAGAUUUCACGUUCUUCUUGUCUGCAAGGAACUCAGACGCAAGACUCCUUAACUCAUUCUGUAUUGCAGAAGAUGUAUCCUGUAUAUGCCAGUUUACCACGCUGGUCUUAAGUACAAGCAUAUAUAGCACACUGAAAAUCAUGUGAAGUUAAGCCUCCAUAAUAGCUGUUUCACUGACUGAACAGUUACUGGUUAUUAAUAAUGAAAAAUGGGAUUUUGUGGAGACGGCUCAAAAAAAGUCUGAGUUUCUACACACAGGAGCAGCCAGUGCUGCUCAGCUUAAUGCUAACAUGCCCUGUGGGACAUUCAGCAUUGAGUAUAGCGCUUGUGUUUUCCCUCUCUCUGAGCGCUCUGUUUCACAGGUUCAGCACAGAGGGGAAAUAAAUGUUCAUGUAUCAGCUUUACAUAGUGCUUUGCCUUUUUUAUCGACUUAGAAAAAGCUGUGUAAAUGGGAAAGGAAAAACAAGUAAUUCUGGAAGUACAUAGUACCACUUAAAAAGCUCUUCAGUGUGCAUUCGUGUGUGUGUGUACACGCAUGCGUGCAUCCAGCAGCUGUGAAAUGGGAGUCAUUUGCUUAGCAACAUCUGGUGGCCCUGUCUGUUUCUGUGCCCUUGUACCUCUUCACCAUAUCCUGAAGCAUGAAGAACAGUGUGUCGCCCACUUGCCUUCAGUUUUCCUAUCUCAGUUUAGAGAGUCUGACCACUGCAAGAGCACUGCCUGUCUUCUGUAUCUUUUUUUUUUUUUUUAAUACUACUGGUAUUUUCAUGUCAUUCUAUCUUUUUUUCUAACACAAAUUUAGCUAGUUAUGCUGAACAGAAACAACAGAAUUAUCCCAGUGUAAGGGAUUAUAUCCAUUAGCAAUCAUAGAGGGACAUAUUUUGCUGUAAUUAUUUUAGUGCAGUAUAUUUAACUAUGAAGGGUAUAUGAUUGAUAAAAUAUAUCAUUUGAUGGAUGCUUUUUUCCAGAGGUUUAGAAUAGGGAUAUUCCUCUAUCAAAUGAAUUAAUGAGACCAGUCUCAGAGUCUGUUGAGAAUUCUUUGGACUCAUAUUUAUGAACUCUUCAGCAGCCAGUACAGCCUCACCUAGUUCCUGGAUUUCUUGCUUAUCUGAUGAUAUACCCAUCAAUUAUCAUGCCAAUCACACAUUUCUCAUGUUUAAAUAGACAGCUCAGCACCAUUCCCUCAGGGAGACACAGAAUCAUGCUCAUACGGGCAGGAAGGGUUCUCAGUUAACGUACAAACCUGAAUAAGUCUCUGCCAGUGGGAAAAUUUCUGCCCCUCGGUUGUUGCACAAGGGCCAAGAAAUAUUGGUCUGGUAAAUGCUCUGAUAUUACAGUUCAGUCAUUUGGCAAUGGACCCAAGACAGACUAGACUUACCAUUUAAUCUUAAUAGUCUUAAUGUAUUGUCUGAUGUAGGAAAAUUGUAGGUAGCAGCUUGGCAGAACAUGAAUAAAGUCUAUAAGCCUAGAAUGUUUCCAGCUUGCCUUUAGUCAUGCUGAUGAGAUGAUGAAAAAUAUCAAAGUUGAGAAGAUUCAAAAGUUAGAAUAAAAAUGUAGGGCUUUCCUUGGCGUGUAUCAGAAUGCUAGCUUGAUUGCAAACUGCUAAUAGAUGUAUUUAUUUACAUCUCGUACAAAGUUAUCAGCAAUAGGUAUAGCUGUUUCUUACAUAGUUUGGAUAAUUUAGUGUCAAUAAUAUUUAAUUACCUUUUUUUAUAAUAGUGUUAAGAUAAUUUAAAAAAAAAGAAAAAAAGAGGUCUUCCCCCCAAAAGUGCUUUGUUGGUACUGGAUCUUUUUUCAUCUUGAAGUGUCUGCAGAUUCCCCAGAACUGUAUUUAUUUCCUUAACCCUCCAAUGUAGGUAAAAGUUAAUGCUUCUCGCUUUCUGAGCUUGGUCAUCCCUUAGAUCUUAAAGGUAAAACUUAAGUUGUAAUUGAAUCACUUUUUAAAAAAUUUAAUAGCAUAUAAAUAUAGAUUUCAUAUUACCAUAUUCUUCAUGUCUUGAUUAAUCUGUAUUUUUUACUCUGUACACUGAGAAUUUUGAAGUAAAAAUAUUUCUUCCUUAC